CAAUAUGUAUGGUUGCAACUGUGUUUCAAUUUUGUCAUAAAAUGUUAUCGGUAAUAUUUAUGACGCUGGAAAUUGCUUCGAAAUAAAGUCAAAAUCAAAUAUUCGAGAUGAUUCUAUUAUUUUUCGUAGUUUUAUCCUCGUGCCAUUGGAGUACACAACAUCUCACAUACCCAAUAAACUACUGCAACAUGGCGUCUGUCUGUAUCCAUGACAACCGUGUGGUGUGCGGUUCGACUCCCGAUGGCUGUAGCAGGAGAAGAUUCCUCGACCAGUGCGAUAUGUACGAAUACAACUGCGACUAUGGAACGAGGUACAGCGAAACCUAUAUACUGUAUUGUACGUGGCCAAGUUUGGAUCCAUCACUAAUAGAAAAACCAAAUGGAUUUACUGGAUCUACUAAUAUGGAAAGCACACAUUCAUCAACCACUGAGUUUGUCAAAACUAAGUCUGCAGAAGCUACUGUGUGUUGUAAUAGACCUGAAACGUGGGAGACAACUACGGAACCCGUUAUCGACGUUUCAAAACGAUUGAUGAACUUUGAAUCAGAUAUAACUAAAAUGUCUUCAGAAACUACAACAGUAUCAAAAUUAUCUAGUAAAGAAGGAAAGAUGCUAACAAGCAAACCACGGACGUCUGUUAAAAUAACAAAGAAACAUCUAGAUGUAGAAGAAACGUCAACUUUGUCUGUUCCUGCAACUACUGUAAUUAAAAAAAAUGUAAUAAAAACAACGAAGAGAAUUCCUACGAUUAUAUCGUUAAUUCCAAAGAAGAAAGGACUUUCUCAAAAGUCUUUAUAUUUAACUAAAACCUUCUUCAAGAAGGUGGUAGGCGGUAUUCCGCAGUUUACAAUAUUAUGUAAAGCGAAUAAUUGCGAGAGGCCUUUCACAUGGGAAACUACUCCAAGGAGAAUGAGAUUUGGAUAAAUUUAGAAUUUAUAAUAAUAGGUAAUAUAAAUGCGCCCAAAUUUUGUGGAAUAAAC